AUGACGGAACGGACGAGAUCCAAGCCAAAGCUGCCCGUGCAGCAGCUGGCCAUAUUAGCCGUGGCUCGCUUUGCCGAACCUUUAGCAUAUACAUCUGUCUUCCCGUAUUUGCCGGAGAUGAUUCGUGACUUCGGCAUCGAGCAGAACCAAGUCGCCAAGUGGGCGGGCUUCACGUCGGCCAUGUUCUCAAUAGCUCAGGCUAUCGCCGCGGUUCCUUGGGGCAAGGCCGCCGACCGCUUCGGCCGAAAACCUAUCCUGAUUUGCGGCCUCAUCAGUACCAUGGUGGGCUUCAUCGUUUGGGGCAUGUCGACCAGUCUCGCCAUGGCCAUCACUGUUCGAGCCUUUCUCGGCGGCGGCAAUGGCAACGUCGGCAUCAUCCGGACUAUGGUCGCCGAGAUGGUCCCUGAGAAGGAACUGCAGCCCAGAGCCUUUUCCGUGAUGCCUCUGGUUUGGUCUCUUGGCUCCGUCGUCGGUCCGGCCUUUGGUGGCUUCUUCGCCCAGCCCGCGAGGCAAUAUCCAGAUGUCUUUGGCAACAUUGAAUUCUUCAAGAAAUUUCCAUAUGCCCUGCCGAACCUGAUAGCCACCGUCUUCUUCCUCAUCUCUGCGGCCAGCGCCGCACUGUUUCUCAAGGAAACUCUAGCCUCGAAGCGCGAUCGCAAGGACUGGGGUCUCCUAGUCGGUGAACGCGUCUCGCGCGCAUUCAGUCGAAACGCAAGACAUGCCCAUCGCAGGAGGAGCUCCUUCGUCGACGGCGAAGCCACCGCGCCCCUUGUCCCCAGCAAGGUCCAACCGCGGAGGAAGCUCGAGGAUGGGCCUGCACCGGGAAUGAAGGACGUCUUUACCCGCCAGACCGUCAUCAACCUUGCCGCCUACACCUUUCUCGCUUUCCACUCUGUCGCUUACGACCAGAACAUUACCGUUUUCCUGAACCACCCGGUUGAGGAGCACACACCGGAGAACACCAAGCUCCCUUUCUACUUCAACGGUGGCUUUGGUCUCAAGUCGGGCAAGAUUGGCACAAUUUUCACCAUCUACGGAAUCACCUGCGGGCUUAUCCAGUUUAUUCUCUAUCCGCCCCUGGUAAACCGCUACGGCGUUUUGCACUGCUUCCGAGUCUGCUGUGUCAUGCUGCCGUUUGUAUACUUCUUGACGCCGUAUACCUCGUUGUUUCCAACUGAAAACGGCCGACUCGCCGCGCUGAUGGCGGUCAUGAUCUUCAAAGCCUUUGCCAUCAUCGUAGCGUUCCCCUCGACGACCAUCCUGUUGACCAACUCGUGCACAUCGCUGCGCAUUCUCGGCACGCUCAACGGCUUUGCUACGGCUUGCAGCGGCACCGGCCGUGCUCUCGGCCCUAGCCUGACUGGCAUGGCCUUCACCUGGGGCGCCGACCACGGCUACAUUGUAUCGGCUUACUUCUUCCUCGGAUUCUUCGCCAUCCUCGGCGCCAUACCCGCCUUCAUGAUUGUCGAGGGAGACGGCCCCACGGCCUCGGCAGAGAACAGCGACUCGGACGGUGAAGAGACUCUCGUCGAUAGCUCGGCUGCCUUCCUGGACGAGUCGGCCAUGGUGGACGAGUCGGAUGAUGACGACGACGCUCAAGUCGAUGCUCCGCUUCUUGGAUCCAAGAAACAGAAUGGGCCGACCUACCAGGCUAUCAACGGUGGAAGCAGGUAA